CUCCAAGCCCGCUGGACAAUGUCCGCCCUCCUCAGUGUGUUGGCUGCCAUAACCGUCCCUCUACACAUUUACCCUCCCUCUGCCUUUCCACCUCUCUUUGGCUCAUUCACAAACGCAUACACAGUAAAAAGGUUUUGGGCACACACUUGGCAUCAAAUGAUGCGUACACUCGCAACUCCCUACACGUCCUUUCUCGUCCGCACUCUCGGUCUUGAUGAACGCAAGAAAUCUACUUAUUGGGUUAAAGUCUGCUCGGCCUUCUUUUUCGCAUGGAUUGUGCAUGCGUAUGGAACUUUGAUUACAGGCGGAGGAUACACGGCUGAUCUUUGGAGGUAUGCGCCGCAGGUGUUAGCGUUUUGGGUGGAGGAAAAGGUUAUUGAAACGGGAAAGAAGAUGGGAUGUAAGGGAAGAAAAUGGAGGGUGUUGGGGUAUUUGUGGGUGUUUGUGUUUGAGGGCGUUACAUUGUUGGCGUGGUUUAGACCUGCGAUUGAACAAGGGGCGCAUUUGAAGCAUCCGUUGGGGUUUAGUGUUGUGGAUAAGAUUUUGAAGUAG